ACGAAAUGUCAAAAUAACAAUAAUGAAAAAAACGACAACAAAAUGUUGUGUUGGAUAGUUAUUUCUGAUUAAAUUGUAUUUUAAAUCUCAAUUUUGAUACAUAAAAGCAAUAAACAAGUGCCUUAACAUAGUACAAUGAAACCAAUAACGGAAUCAGAAGUCAGCCAAGACGAAAUUCUGCCACAAAUCAGUGGAGAUGUGAUAGGAGACACCGCCUACAGUGAAAGGUUCGUGCUUAAACUUAUGAUGAAAUUCGCCGAAUUAGACGUACUGAAAGAUGUAUUACAGGAGAAAUCGUUCGAAGAAGACCUCUGCACUCUCUGGGACAUGACUGCAGAGCGGGACGUAGUACAGUUUCUUCAGAAACACAAGAUUCUUAACCUAUUUAACUAUGCUCUACCUGACAUCGAUUCCUCACGAACACUGGAGAUUAUUGUCGGCAUUAUCGCCAACAUGUGCUGCCAAAAAGAAGUUGUUGAAGAUUUGUUAGAAAAAAAAGAUUUUCUCACAUCACUGUUGGAUUACAUUAGCCAUGAAGACAGUUUGCUUCUGAUACAGGUCCUGCGACUAGUAAGCGCGAGCUUGUUCCUGGCAGACGAUGGAGUAGUGCAGACAUGGAUGGACCUACUUGCAUCAGUAGGAUUUCCUGAUGCACUGUAUUUCAUAUUAAAAAACUCAUCGCACAAAAACCUUCUCAUAAAUGCUAUGGAAAAUUUGAACACAGUUUGCUCAUAUUGCAAUACAGAGAAGUACAGGGCAACAUUUUUCACCAUGUUUGUUAAAAAAGAAGCUAUAGAAAGUUUAAGUGCAGCUGUAGUUGAGCUCACAAUAACACAGCCAGAUAUUUGUGAGAAAGAUGAAUUAGAAAGAAUAUUAGUUAUAAGUUUAGAGAUAACACUAAACUUGAUUGGUUUUGACCAGUCCCUAUCAAUAUACUCAGAAAGUAAAGAAGCCCUAAUACCUAUGAUUGAAUUCAUUCUGAAAUAUUACAACAACAAAAUAGUGAAUCAGAAGGAGAUAGACAUAGAUUUGGCUGAUGUUAUAGAUUCCACAGUGACAAUAGUCAGCACAGUAGACCUGAGUGCUCUGUGUUCGAUGGACAAGUUCUUUGACAAUACCUUCAGCAUCUGGCUGGCCCUGCAAGUAACAAUGAAGACGGAGCUAAAUGGAUCUUCAGAUUUUGAAGAUCAAGACAAGGAGCAACUCAGUGCCUUCACCAAGAAAAUAGAGAGCCCUUUAUGUACACUCAUGUGUAAAUACAUGGAGAAAUGCUCAGAAGACAACUUGAAAAAAGUUUUGGAUACUAUUGGAACCAACUUGGACGACAUCUUGAAGGUUGUAACUGUAGAAGUGAGAGAAGUGGUUUCUAAAAGGACUCAUGAUUUUAAAAAUAGAAUAGAAAAUCAUGUAGAUUCAUAAUAAAAGACACAGUUUUGUAAAA